AUGGCGGAUGAGAAGGACGACAAGAUGGAGGCCCAGCUUCUUUAUGGGGAGCCCGAGGAUACCAAGGACGCCAUGGACUUGGACAAGCCCGAAGGGGAGGCGGAGCCUGACGAAGACGGUGUCAAGUUUGGUCACUCGCCGCCAGAGACGCUGCUUACUGAGGAGAAGCCCUUUUUGUUUCAAGGCAAGAUGGUUUGGCUAACCUACAACCAGUGCUGCGUCACUGACCACCUCAAGUUCUACGAGUAUCUGCGCACGUGGAUGGAGCAGUGGAUGCCCCGUAUGUCGAGUGACAACAACAGGCGGAGCAAGGUUGAGAUAUUUGGUGCGAGAGAGUUGCAUGCAGACGGUCAUCCUCAUUACCAUGUGGUGAUGCGUUUUGAAACGAGGGUACACUGGAAGAAUUCCUACUCUCGAUUUGCGGCGCAGUUCGAGGAGGGCGGAGGACUGCGCCAGGUGGCCACGUCCAUUCGUAUUGAAAAGCCGGAUCCAGGUGAGCAUCCGAAGCGCUUCUUAGAAGGCGUGCAGGGUUACAUACUCAAGGAGUAUGGUGCCGACAACGAUUAUGUGUUUGGGACAUACAUUCAACCACCACAGGGUGCAACAGAGACAUGGAGACAGCAAGAGGAGGGUUGGUGUCGGGAGGCAUUGGAUUUGGUUUAUCAGGAUGAGACUGAUGCCUUUCUCAGAGAGCACUUCCCUGUCAAGUAUGUAUGCCAGCCUCAUGCCGCGGCCAAGUUUGUGAGCACUAAAAAGGUCCGGGCAAAACCCGCUGUCAAACGGGCAUACAAGCGCAAGCCCUUCAAGAUCCCGAAAGAGUUGGUUUCCUGGUUGCGCAGGAAUAUUGGUUCGAGGAGGAAGAUGGGGCGACCGAGUUGCCUACUGAUUGUUGGACCAUCCAAGUAUGGGAAGACGGAGUGGGCCAAGUCGUUUGGGUCGCCCAUCGUGAUGCAGAGCAAGUUUGUGUAUGACCUCAUGACGUCUGAGUGCACUCACAUCGUACUGAACGAUAUGGAUCUGCGUAAGUUUGAAAACUGGAGGGUUUUCAUGGGGUGCCAGAUGGAGGUGGCCAUCGAUGGCAAGUAUAGAAAGGAGAAGAUGAUGGAUUGGGGGAAACCUGCUAUAUUCACGGCAAAUGCAGAUAAUAACCCAUUAAAGGAUGAGGCAGUAGCGCAGUAUUUCAAGGAGAGCGGAGGAACACUAGUUGUGAUAGAAGAACGCAUGUUUUUGUCAAUUGAACACCGUCAGCCCGACACUAAGACUCCUACUUGA